AUGGUUCUCUCCAAGAGAAUACAAACGCAAUCAGACUUAGGGGCGUGGACAGCAUCUGUUGCUUACGCAAACAUAGUAAAUUUUAUUGAAGGCGUUAAUUAUGCCGUAAGGGCAAAACUGAUCAAUGACAGGCAAACAAUAUCACCCAACACUUCAAAAGUGAUUGGUCUUCUAGAUCACUUAGAUGCUCAAGUUGCACUGACGCCGCUGGAGGUUAAUCCCCAGCGUUAUGGAAAUAAAGCUUUUCAGAAGUAUUAUUCAUGGUUAUGCGAAAAUGCCUCUCGGAUAUGCGCAGAAAAGUUGGGAAUUGAACCAUCCAUCGAAAACUUCGACGAGGUUACAAUGUAUCUUACGGAAUCUAUCGGCAAUCCUGUUCGCAUCGACUACGGCACCGGCCACGAGCUUUCAUUCAUGGCCUUCUUGCUAUCGCUAUUUAAAAUAGGUUAUUUGAAGCAAAUUGGACAUUCAGGUCGUGGCCCACAAAGCGGGUCCUCGGCGGAACUCAACGAUUAUGCCGCAACAGCUCUUUACAUCUUACCUGCUUACCUCAGACUUGUGCGUCAUUUGCAGACCUACUUUAGAAUGGAACCAGCUGGCUCUCAUGGUGUUUGGAGUCUUGAUGACUUUCAAUUCGUUCCAUACAUAUGGGGAAGUAGUCAGCUUAUCGGCACAGGCCUCUACGAGCCGUCAGCUCUACCCAAUCAGGAGAUCGCCGAAAAGGAGGCUAAUUCAUGCCUUCUCUUUUCUUGCAUCAAUUACAUCUAUCAGGUAAAGACAGGCCCUUUUGCGGAGCACUCCAGUUGCCUCCAGAGUCUCAGUGGCGUACCUAACUGGGAGAAAGUUAAUUCAGGAAUGAUCAAAAUGUACAAGGGAGAGGUUUUGAACAAGUUCCCGGUAGUGCAGCACUUCCUCUUCGGCAAUCUACUUAAGUUUGAGCCGGCCCCACCUACUUCCUUGAAUGCCGGACCACCAGGGAGGUUCCGCUUCCCAGGUACCUCCAGUUUCGGACACUCCCCCGGCACCCCUCCUCGACUGUCCUUCGUCAAGCCCACUGGAGACCCCUAA